UCCGGAAUAAGACAAACCAAUUACAACUGCGUUCGCCCGUCACGUGGCAAAGACCGACUACGUCAUUUCCCCGCGACUGCUUCCGACAGCCAAGUCCAUGUGAUGAGGCUCCGGUGAGGUUAUCGUGUUAUGUAUCUACAGGCUGAAUGUUGGAUGCUUACGCUGGCUGCGACAUUGUGAGAGACCUCCCCCACCCGUGGCCACAGUCUUGUCCCUUCAGACACGAUGGCAGGUCGCCUCUUGGGCAGAUAUGCGCCUCUGCUCUGCAGGACCUCCUCCCAGGCUCCAGCUGCAACCGCUGCCAUCGCUGUCCGCCUGUGUCCGGCUGCCACAGAGAUGCGGAGGGCUCGGGGCUGGCCAAGGGUCACAGAGAGGCUAAUGUGCCAGGGAAAGACUGUUCCCAACAAUGUCACCAUCACAAACUUUUUAAAAAUCUCACAAUUGGACAAUAUUUUGGAAAAGGCAGCAGUGCCAGAGGACAUCCUGCUGGCCUGGGCAGAGCAUGGACGAAAUGCUAAUCAAGCUGCUAGAACCCUCUUUACGUUGGCUGUGAUGGUGGUGAAGACGAAGGGGGAUUUUAAUGUUCUGAUGCUGGAUCCAAGGCUACUGGAUAUGUUGAAUACCCUAUACAGACAGGUGCCUUCAGUGUGGAACAGCAACAUAGUGUGUGCCUUGCGAGCUCUCUGGAUCAUAAACCUGCCCUCCACCAACCCUGUACUCGAAUCUGUCCAGACGGAGGUCCUGUGGCGAAUACGCAGAUUCAGCUUCAAACAACUGUCCCACAUAGCAGACAUGGGAACUUUUCAUAAGGGAUACAAGAAUGAAGCAAUAGUGAAUGCCGUAAUGAAACAACUGGAACUGCGCUGGACUGAAAUCAAUGACAGUAAAACUAUCAGUUUACUGAUAGUCAAAGGACGAAACCUUUCCCCUACCUUGAUGGACAAAUUAGAGGACAAGGCUUUGGAGCUCGCAGAGGGAUUUUCUGCUACAGAGAUCCGUAGAGUCUGUUUGUCUUUGGCUACUCAGAGUCGCAGAAGUGUCCCACUGCUCAGAGCUCUCUCCUAUCAUCUUCUUAAGAAGCCAUCAUCAGAGUUCACCACUCCACUUAUAUUGGACAUGGCUUUUGCUUAUGGGAAGUUGAAUUUCCAUCACAGUCAGGUAUUUCAGAGAAUGGCCUCAGAGUUGUUGCCCAGAGUCCCGGAGCUGUACCCGGUUAAUGUCAUACGCUGCUCUAAAUCACUGGGCUUCCUCAAAUGGCUCCACAUCCCUCUCUUUGAGGCCUUUGCUGAGCACUACAUGGCAAACAGUGAGAAGUAUAAUAUCCCUGCGGUUUGUAAUUUGCUCAUGUCAUUUGCCAGACUGGGCUUCCAGCCCAGCAUGAAUGAACAGUUCUACAACAAGGUUCACUCUUUGCUGGAGGUGUCCCUCUCUGGCCUAGAACCCUUGCUGCAGACGAAUGUGGUUUGGUCUCUGUGUGUGCUUCAGCAGGCAAAGCCCCAAUACCUCAUCCCCCUCACACAACAACAGCACCUUACCCGUCUGUCAGGCGGCGGUGUAGUUGGAGAGAACAUUCGACUGAAGCUCCUCCACAUUGCUGCCACUCUCCACUUAGAGUAUCCAGGUUCCUCAGAUUCGGAUAUUCCAUCGUCCCUGACUUAUUCAUCAGUUUCGCCCACUCUCUCCCCACUGCAAAGCAGUCUGAGAGAGGAAUUACAGAGUUUGGUGGGUGGGAGGACAGAGGCCCUUCGCACUGGGGUUGACACUGUGUAUGGAUGGACCCUCGAGGGUGAGCUGGUAGUGGAUAGUGACAACAAACCAGUUGACGUGUCGAUAAUGGAAAACGCUACUCUGCCCAGUCGAGGGGUACAGCGGGUUGCUUUCUUGGCUUGGGAAUAUCCCCACUUUGGCUCCAAGAGUAAAGACCUUCUGGGGCGGUUUGUCAUGAUGAAGCGACAUCUUCAGUUGGCGGGCUUCAUCCUAGUGGAGGUCCCGUAUUACGAAUGGCUGGAGUUGAAGUCAGACUGGCAGAAGUCGGCGUACCUGAAGGAUAAAAUUAGGAAGGCUGUCGCCGAGGACAUGGCCAAGUAAACUGUGCAAAGUCUAGAUCAAAAUGUGCAGGCUCAGCUAAAUCAGCGCUUUCCCAAUCAAAUGGGACCACAGGGAAUACACGCAUACACCCACGUUCACACUCGGACCAGAGCAGCACUGCAGAACAUCUAUCUUAUACUCGUAUCAGGAAAAAAAAAAAAUCAUACUUUUUUUCACUCUGGUUCCCUUGGCAGUGUGGGGGGCUUUCCCUGUUUCCAUGGUGAUGACGAGCAGGAUUUUUUUGAGCCAGAGCGACAGAAAUAAACAACAAUGAAUUGUGCAGUAGAAGAUGAUAUAUGAUCAAGGAGAAGUCUGACAUGUCAGAGGCACCUGGACCGUUUGUAGAAUUUUGGCCAAAACCAUUGCCUGAUAUCAGCAUUUGCAUAAAUUGAUUAACUUAACUCUCUUUGUGGACGUGUGUGGAGUCAUCUUAUGAUGGAAUAAAUUGUUUUAUUGCUGUUA